UCCUCGCUCCACUAAACUCUAGUUCCAACGCAGAACCUGAACUACCUGCCAAACGAUGCGCUGAGGGUGGUUUUUUCACCCAAGACCACCCGCAAUGCAGUGCUGAUGCUCGGCAAGGGACUUGUACUCGUCAGUUUGUUAGAACUGACUGAAUACAGACCAAGGAAGCUGAAGAAAAACCCUAAAAAAACCCGGAUCUGAGCUCUUAGACCGGAGGCCGCGGUUCCCCCUCUCACACACACACUCACCACCGCGGCCUUGAUGGUGAUGUAUGCGAGGAAACCAGCAAGAGGCAGCGAUGGGUGCAACGAAAGAAGGGACUCACAAUCCUAUCAGACCCAUAAAUCUCAGUCCAAGAGCCAGUCCAGCAGCCUUCAUCGCUAUGACAAGGUGCGUGACGUCUCCUCCGACCCCAUGCCCCCGUACAAGGUGCUGCGGCGCUCCGACGACAGUCCCGUCAGCCGGCACGGAGACGGCGCCGGACACGGGAAGGCCAAAGCCCCUCAUAGUGUUAGAGGAAAAAAUGGGACCAGCAGCUCUCCCCAGGAGAUGUCUCACAACAACGCAUCCCAUCACGGUGGUGACUAUCAUGCGACCCAGAGCAAGCCUGCAGACCGGGAUCCCGCUGAUGACUGGACAGAACACAUUAGCUCCUCUGGCAAGAAGUACUACUACAACUGUAGGACCGAAGUGUCACAGUGGGAGAAACCCAAGGAUCUCCUUGAGAGGGAGCAGCGUCAGAAAGACUCAGCCAAGAUGGCAGCAAACAGUUUCCCCAAGGACAUGGAUUACAGACAGGAGGCCUUGCAGGACAAAGGCACAACUAAGACAGCAUCUGGAGAGCAGUCCACAACGCCAAACUGCAGCCAUUCCUCCUCCUCUUCUCAGAGCUUAAACUCGGCCGCUGGCGCCGCAGGCUCUGCCCCCUCCAACAUUUCAUCCUCCUCUUCCUCCUCGGCGGGACAGGGGCCGUCAUCGAUGCAGUCGCCGUCGCCCGCGCUGCUCCAGGACCCUGCUCUCCUGCAUCAGCUCCUCCCGGCGCUGCAGGCCACUCUGCAGAUGAACAACGGCACUAUGGACAUGGCCAAGCUCAACGAGGUCUUGGCAGCUGCUGUCACCCAAGCUUCCCUGCGGUCGGUGCUUCAUAAGCUCCUCGCCGCUGGACCCACUUUCAACGUCACUGCUCUGCUCUCGGCUGCUCAACACUCCAAUCAAGCUCAGCAUUCCAGUCAGUCUCCAGUCUCUUUGACUACAGAUGCAUCAUCGCCUCGGCCAUACGUGUCGCCACGCAACGGCACGGCCCAGCCCAACCAGAAGUCCCUUCCCAGCAUGCACGCUGGCAGUGUGGCAUCAUCACAAAACAGGAGUAUUAUGACUUCAGGGAAGCAAGGAGCGGCACCUUUGUCUCAGACAGCAGAGAAACGUCCAGAAGAUCCCAGAAUGCUGCAGCAGAGAAGCAGCCAGGACAUCCUGUGCCCCGGAUCGAGCAUAUCUGGUCCUGCGUUGGCCCACGGGCCCUCCGGCAGCAGCAGCAGCAGCAGCAGCAGCAGCCAGGUCCAGCCAGACACCCCCGGGUCCUUCACCCCCACCCUGGCAGCUCACUUUGAUGAGAGCCUCAUCAGACAUAUCCAAGGGUGGCCUUCAGAGAACACUGAGAAACAGGCGGCCCGGUUGAGAGAGGACUUCCACAACAUGGGCAGCCUGUACAUGUCUGAAAUCUGCACGGAGAUGAAGAACCUGCGCUCUCUGGUCCGGGUGUGUGAGAUCCAGGCCACGCUGAGGGAGCAGAGGAUCCUGUUUCUGCGGCAGCAGAGCAAAGAGCUGGACAAACUGAAGAACCAGAAUUCCUACAUGGUGUGAGGACCCGAGAGGAAAAGACUCAAAUGUUCAGACUGAGCGAUGAGGAAAAGGAAGAACGACAGACGGCGCUGCUCCGGUGUGUUUAUUCUCUCUACUGUUCCGAGGCGGCAAAAUCGGCACGUCUUCGUUUUUGUUCCUUUUUUGAAAUUUAGUUUUCCAGUGUCCUUCACGUGAGUGGAGCGCGGGGCCCAGAACCGGUGGUGCAGAAAGUCCGAACCUCCACCCAGCGGGCACACAGGACCUGAAGCUCUUUGCAAACAGCACCUUCUUAAACAUAAACCUUUUUUUUUUUUUUUUUUUUUUUUUUUCUUGUAUCAUAGGGGGUUAACUUGUUUUCUCGUGUGUUUUUGAUGUGUAGUGGUGAGGAAAAAGAUUCAAGAUGAAUUAAAUAAAUAAAACAAGCCAUCUUAUAUUUGGUGUAAGAGUUAUUUUCAGGAGGAGAAAAAACCGCAACUAAAAACUUCUGAAAUAAACUUCUGGCGCGUUGAAAGGUGUGGAUUGACAGUGAUUUUUCUUUUCUUUUCUUUAAAAAUUCACUAGACCUGUAAAUUGUUUUGCCGCCCCGUUGUCUUGGAGCAGGUUGGUUUUACACACGGUAAGAUUAGCCUCUACACUUAAACACGUGGUACAAAUUCCCUGCGAGUUGCAUCUCAAGCCGACGCCAUUGGACCCGCGGUCGGCAGUUCCCCCUUAAUUAUCUUUUGUGUAUAUAUAUCAGCGUUUUGUUUUUUCGUCCAGCAAAUAUUGCAUUCCUUUCAUUCAGCUUGGCAAGAUGUUAUGUAAAAGUGACUGAAUUUACAAUCACAAAAAGCUAAAUUAUUGUUGUAUUUGAUCCAUAAUGUCCUUGUUCUUAUAAUGGAAAAGACCAAUGGGGGAAAAAAUGUAUUUUUUCUACAAGGAAAUUCAUUUUUUGUUCUGGAUUUAAUUAAGCUGGUGAUGCUGCAGCACUUUUGUCAGUUAAACUGUAGCCUGACGUGGCUUCUCGUUUUCGUUUCUUUCAAAUGGAUUCUGAUGAGAGGGAAUACAUUUUAUACAAACAUCACAUUUAGUUGCAGUCGUACACACCAAUACUUACAAAUUUCUUUCUCUGUUUCCUUGACCUUUGAAUAGUUCACAUCGUCUCAGAUGUGCAGACUUUUUUGGGGGGAGGGUUAAAAGGGAUUGGGUUUGGAGGUUUUGUAUUCCAUAAAACGUGAAUAAAUAUUAUUCAACACCU